UGAUGAGCUUGCUAUAAAUAGGUGGAUAGGUUAACACACUCUUCACUCAAAAAAAAGAAGAAGUUCAAGGUACUACUAAUCACAAGAAAGCAUGGCCUUCAACAAAGUUGCCCUCCUCAUUUUGUUUGCUAUUUUUGCUGGAACUAUUUUACUUUUAAGUGAGGUGGAUGCAGCAAAUGCUUGUCCCCGUAAUUGUAAUCCAAGUAUUCAAUAUGGGAGAUGCCCAAAAUCUGGAAACAAAAAGUUCAAAGUUGGAUGCACAAAUUGUUGCUCAGGCACUGAAGGUUGCAACUAUUAUAGUGCAAACGGAACAUUCAUUUGUGAAGGACAGACGAAAAAGACUAUAGACGAAACAAAUAAAGCUUGUCCUCGUAAUUGUAAUCCAAGAAAAGCGUACUCGAUAUGUCCAGGUAAUAAAAGGAGUGAAGGUAGAAUAUGCACCAAUUGUUGUGCAGGCAGUAAGGGUUGCAACUAUUACACUGUCGAUGGAACUUUUGUUUGUGAAGGAGAAUCUAAAGUCGAUAGCUCUUAAUAGUUUUUUUUAAUUUUUGUUUGUGUGUGUUUGUACUUUUUUAUGUUUUAAAUAAUUAUGCGUGAGCCUAUGGUUCAUGUAAGUCGUGUGAGAUGUGUUAGUGGAUGUUUACAAUUUUCAACUGUUUUGUGCUAGAUUUUCAAGAGCCUAAUUAAUGGUGUGAUGGUUUAUUUUAUUA